UCUGCCUCGGCACGCCUAUGCCUUGGGAAGUUGUACACUCUCCACUCCGUCGACGUUACCUUUCGCUCCUGUCCCAGUCGGAGCCUCUUGUGUGUGGGGGGGUAGCCGGUCGACCUUUUCGCAAGCCUGUUUUCCAACAUGUCAUCGCGACUGCGGCCCGGAAGCUCGUCCACCGUCUCGGAAACCUCGUAUUACGAGAGUACCGAGCGCACCAACUCUCCGAAUCUCGCGUUCAACAUCCCCGAGCAGAAGCAGUACCUUGGCGUUGGCAGUCCCACCACCACCGUCACCAGGGUAUUCCGGCAAGGAGGCAGCCCCCAGACUACUGAAUGGGUACCAGGUGAUCAGCAACAAUAUCAUCGUGGAAAUGAAGUCACCUAUGUACAGAACAGCCUGGGGCACAGCCUGUCAAGCCCCAUAGAGAUACAAAACAGGCAGCAUCAAUAUGUACUGUCCCAAAGCUUGAAAGGAAUAAAUGUCCCCAAAGAUUCUGAAGUCAUAGUACAUAAGACCUACUUGACAGUUGAUCCAGUUCCUUCUAUACAGGUAUGCAACAACACUAAGGACUUUCAAUCCUAUCAGAACGUUGGAAACUCGCAAACCCACUGGGAAAAUGUCAAAUAUAAUGAACGCCACGCAAGAAAUGUGCGAAGUCCUGUGCAGCUUCUGGGCUCUCCAAAUGAGCACAUCAGGUCUCGGAGUGCACAAAGCUCUGUCACGUCCCAGGACUAUGACAUACACUCCGAUGAACCCCAUGUGAGGCACUCUGGAGGACGGAGUCCUGUACCAGCCAGAGUCCGCAGUCCUCAAACAAGCCAGAUCAAGAGUGCGAUGGAUUAUGAGAGUGGUAACACAGAGAAAUUGGAUCCUCGAUACUUUGGUGAGCUGCUGGCUGAGCUGACAUGCAAGACCACUGAACUCCACAACAUCCUGCUGGAAAAUAUGCAAAAAAUCAAGGGGAAACAGAACACGUUGGAAGUGAAUGUUGACCUUAAUGGUAGCAAUGAAAAUGUUGAAGCUCUGAUACCGAAAGGGGUAUCUGAAUUGACAAAACAACACUUGCGCUAUAUCCUGCAGACAAGGCUUACUGUAGACAAAUCCUUGCGACUUCUCUUGGCCACAUUCAGCAGCCUACGUGAAGACCUGCUCCAUCUGCAAGAUGACCUAAGUAGACUUGCCACAGACAAGGAGAUGCUGGAAAGAGACUUGGGUUUUAAGUCGCAGCAGGUAACAGAAUAUUUACAGCUCUUGGAGUCGGUACGAGAGAACAACCGACAGCUGCAGAGUUCCAUAAAAGAGAGUGGUUCAAGCAACCGAUCUCUUGAGGAUUUGAUCUUAACUCUGAGGAACUCAGAGGCAGAUAAGGAAUUCCGCGUGAAAGAGUUGGAAUGCAGCAAAAGAGCUCUGGAACAAGAAAAUGAGUUACUUCGGCAGCAGCUAAUCAAGAGCCCAUCGAGUCCAUCCUUCGCUUCAGUAUUUAAUACAGAAAUUUCAAAUAAUUACUAUGAAAUGGUCAAUCAACUCCGUGAAGAAAAGGACAAAGAGAUCAGUGCUUUGAGGUCACAAAUCAGCAAUAUGAAACGGGAGAUGUCAUCAGGACAAGACAAUACCAGCAGCUUGCAAAUGAAAUUAAUGCAAUACAGUAAUAGCCUGAGUGAGAAGGAUUCCAUUAUCCAAAAGAAGAAUGAGGAAAUCAUGAGACUGAGAUCUUCAUCACUUGGGUCAAAUAAUGUGACGCACACAAUCAUCACAAAGCGAUACCUUGACUAUCCAAUUCUGGGCCUUUUGAAAGAUAGAAAACUUACUUCACCAAGUAAAGAAUUAAAGACCAUUUUCAUUGAAAAGAAUGGAAGAAUUUAAACAAAAAACACAGGAAUUCUCAGCAUACUGAAGACAAAUUGAAUACAGCAGGAAGUACUAAAUAUUUUUGCAACAGAAGUUACUCAACAUUUUCUUCAUUUUAUGGUGUCCUUUCUUAGCCUUGAUUAGCCAAAAAAAGUGGCAUUUUGCAGGGGGUCUGUAUCAGUUCAUUUUAAACUACUGUUUAUUAUUGUUUAAUGUAUUGUUGAAGACUAUAGGUGUAAGGUUUUGCUAUUUUACCUUAGAAAGAAAUUAAAUUUAACAAAAAAGGUGGAUGGUUUGAAGAAUCAAGUAUGGAAACUGAGAAAGAAAUUAAGUGCAAGCUAAGAGUGUCCAUUUGACAAGCCAGUGCUUUUUCUCUGCAUGUUGAAUGGUGAUAGGUCCUGAUUAAUCCUGUAUAUUGUAUGAAAGGCAUUUUCUAUUACACUUAAUGUGCCAGUUUCACUUGGACAACACUGAUUUAGAAGUAGCAAUACACAAAGAGCACUGCCUUUUAUUUGUGAUUGUUCUCAUUUACUUGUAAAUAUACUUAAGUACAUGUAUGCCAAUGACUAAUUGGAUGCUUUUAUAAAAGUGGAUGACCUUUUGUUCUGAAGCCAUUUUGUCAUUUGAUUGUGAUGACUAAUUCAUCAGCAUUGCAAAUAGAUUUAAGAUGUAUAGAACUUCUUGGUGACUUAGAGUAAACUUAUUCAGAAGAUUAAAUUCUAUUUAUAUUUAAAAUAAUGUAUGCCAAUUAAGACAUUUUAAUUUACAGUACCUAGAAUGAUUUUAACUAUUCUAAUUUUACCAAGAUCCACUCAUCAUUUUGUUCCACACAAACCAUAAUAUUUGUAAGUGAAACACCUCUGAUUCAAAUGUUAGUGGCUCUGAGGAUGAAACUGAUCAUUAAAUAUACAAUGUUCAUUUUAGACUUUAUCCUUUGACUAAAGGAAAUAGUCCUAGUGUGCUCUUUUUUGUGCAAUAAGCAACUCUGAAAUUUUAGAGCUAAAUGUUUUUUUUGUUAGUAUUGGUGAUCAAAUAAUAUACAUCUCAACUUUCCACUUGAAUGUUGGGAGAUUGUUAACUGUGUUACCCUAAACAAUAUACUGCACAGGUCUAUUAGCCAAUUGAAGAAUCUAACACUGCAUUCUAUUCAUUAUACAUUCUGGGAUGUUAGAAAUUGCUUUGUUUUAAGUUAAUACAAGUAGAUAAAUUUUUGUAUCGUUUGGAUGCUUUUAAGGCUAUCAUAUGAUUUGAGAUGGCAGCCAAGGGCACAGGAUGAAUUUAUAUGUAUCCAUGGAAUUAAAAAAUAAAAACGUUAGAUAAAAA